AUGUCAGAGGUCAAUCCGCCGCCGAUGAUGUUCUGCAACGCGUGUCUCGGAUCCACAGAUCCAGAGUACCAGGUUGUUGAACGUCAUUAUUAAUUUCUCACAAGCACUUUUUUUUUCAGCAAUGCCUGAAAUUUUGUUGGAACUUCGCUGAAGUGCACUUUAGAGUCUCCUGAUUACAAACCAAAAUAGAUAUUUCUCGCGAUAGAUCAUUUUUUGAGUUAUGACAUCUUGAAACCUUCGAAGAACUCUGUUUGCUCUUACUUCUAGAAACUUGCGAACUUCGGAAGUCAAUUCGAACAUAUUUCUAUUGCGAGUAUUCUUAUCUUUUUCUGAAAUCCGGAGGUGCUUCAGCAAAGCUUCAAUAAAAUGACCCCAGGGGCUGAAAAAAGUUCCCUAGUUAGUUCAAAAAUCUGCAAUUAACAAAAGUAGGCAACUUUAGGAACUAUGUCAAUUUAGAAGAGGAACGCGUUCAAGAAUACUUUAUACAUGUUGAGUUUUGCUUCUCUUCCUGUAUUUAUUUGACUUAUUGAUCUCAAUUUGCUCGUCAGUCACUCAAUACGGAACCUCAUCACUUGUCUUUGGACACCACUUGUUCAGACUUACAAUCUUUUCGUGUCGGGAAUCGUCCUUGCGGUCGUCGGCCUCGUCGGUUUGAUCGGCAACGUUCUUGUCGUCAAGACGUAUUUACACUCAGAACAGAGGGUACCCAGAAAUAGGACUUCGCAAUUUCGAUUGAGCAGUUCAGAUACACUCUACUUCGAUAUAUUUGGCAGCUCUAGGAGCCUCGGACUUCUUCUUGGUCCUGACAGCGAUGUUCCUUUUUGUGCUCGAAGCAUGGCGCCAUCAUGACCAUCCUCGUUAGUUCUAUCAGAAAAUUAUCCUCUUCAAACUGCAGUUUCAGUUCUGGCGUGGGCCUACGUUAUGGGAGCGCCGGUGGUUUUUCCAGUGGCAGCCAUUUUUCAGACGAGUUCCGUUUACCUUUGCGUGGCCGCCGCUGUCGACUGCUUCAUCAUAGUCGUGCUACCAGAAUCUGUCCGGCAGCUCUAUUGUACUCCCAGGUUCUUCACUUCCUUUUUGACUUACCAAUCUGGAAAGAUCUAGUUUAAUAUUAUGUAAGAUAAGGCGCAGACUUGUUCUGCCCCAUUUGGGUUUUUUUUAUUGAAGUUAAAUUUAAAAAUAGAAAAGUUGAUUAAUUUCCUGAACGUGUUCAGACGAGCAAAAGGUUACAUGCUGCUGCAUCGUCGCCUUCUGCGUCAUUUACAAUAUCCCGCAUUUUUUCGAGCUGGAAAAGGUAUGAAUCAUACUCCGUACGACACUCAGAAGUUCAUCACAAUUUUUUUCGACUUUUUAAAAUUAUUAAAAUAAAAAAAGAUCCAAAAACUGCCGUAUUUUUGAGGGAAAUAUCUACUUUAUAACCUUUUUUGAUACAAAAAACUUUUUCAUAGCGAGAGUCCCUUAUUAAUCUUUUUCUCAUACUUUUAAGUGAAUAAAAUCAGUUAAAAGUAAUUGAAAAAUCGGAAGUUAAAAUAAAUUUUAUACCACAUUUUUGUACAUUUAAACCACGUUCUUGGUUUUUCAAAAACUGAAACAGUACGAAUUUUCUCCGCUUUGUUUCAAAGAUCUGAAAAGUGAAUCCUGACGUGAAGAUGGUGGUUGAAGUGAAGACGUGCUUGCAGGUGGCGUGCGUCGAUGGCGCGACGAACGAACUGUCGGCACAAAUAUGCCCCACCGACAUCCGUCUAGACCCCGCCUACUACGCCAUUUACUAUACAUACAUGUACACGACGUUCUUGGCCAUCGGACCUCUGUCCCUUCUAAUUCUACUCAAUAUUUGCGUUGUCUUCACAGUUCUCACCAAAGGAUCUGGCGACGGAGGUCUGCAAACGAAAAAGAAAAUGUGGUUCAGUACAUGAAAAAACUCACGAGCUCUUUGGAAAAUAGAACCGUAAAUGAGAAUUUCUGCGAUUUCCAGUCUCGUACCGAAAAGCGCCGUCAAGACGUGAGUCCACCCUAACAUUAAAUAUCUGAAUUCCCGCUCAAAUUUCUUACUAGGGAACUACUCGGACUCGGGUACGAGUUUCGAGUUGAAACUUUGCUGGCUUAUAGACCCGGGUAAGAGUACUCGAAAACAAGAGAGAUUAUCUGCUAAACCCCAUAGGCUUCUGAGAAAAAGCUUUUUGAAAAUGAACAGUUUAGGCUUGAAAAUUAUCAAAUUUUUGUUUUCCUCCUUCUUUUGGCUGGAAAAAGAUUUUUUAGAGUUUAUCAUAACCGGAUCAUUCGAGGCGAUCGUAUUAAAAUAUAAAAUAAGCUAUAAAGUAGUAUUCUGAAAAUUUUCAGGCCUAAUUUUCACAUUUUCUACUAAUUUUUUCUCAGUUCUCUAUCGGGUUUAGCAGAUAUUCUCACUUGUUUUCAAGUAUUCUAACUUCGGUCUAUAAACCACUAAAGUUUCAACUCGAAUCUCGUACCCGAGUCCGAGUAGUUCCCUAGUUAGACCUUCGUGAUAUAUUAUUGAAAAAAGUCCGAAAUAUCUGAAAACAAUAGCAAAACGAGUAACCGAAAUAAAACAGUGAAUGGAUCACUAUAUGUAUGAAUAGGAACAGUCUGAUUCCUCUAUAAUCUCCGUUUCCUUGUCGAAAAAAACUGGAUUUUUCGAAGUUGCAGCGCUUCCUCAAACUGUUCUUUUUUCCGGCUAAACACUAAGUCCAGAUCAAAAAUGAACACUUUCAGAAGACGACACGAUAUCGCUAAUUCUCGUCGUCUUUUUCUUCAUUUUCUGCAACUUUACAGCCUUGCUAGUCAACUUUCUUGAGAUCAUCUUCAAUGACCCUGUGAGCCAAUCAUUCUGAAAAACAAGAGACCAACUUUUUCCAGAACAUGUUGGUCUACUUGGUUGAUCUCUCCAACUUGCUCGUUGUCGUCAACGGAACGGCCAACUUUUUCUGUUACUUCAUUUUUGGAAGCAGCUUCAGGAACACACUCAAAAAGGUUGAUUGCUUUUAUCGCCUCUCGGAAUCAACAAGUUUUGCAGGUUGUGUUCGGAAAGAACGGCAAACGUGGAAAACUAUGGGUGGCCGCCGGAGAAGCCCAGUGUUCGCAGCAGAGCCACACUAUCAUUUGA